AUGCUCCAGCGGCUGUGUACGCUACGAUGCUGCGCUGCUCGGCGGUUUAUCAAUGCUCGCUGGUACACAAGAGCAAGCGGGAGUGAAGUCGGUGUUUAUGAGCUUGAAACCAUCUAUGCACUGUCCUCUGCAGCAGGAAAGGCUGGGGUAGCAGUCAUUCGCAUUUCCGGCGAUCAGGCGAAUUCGUGUCUGCUGCAGCUGAGCCGGACUUCAGUGCUACCAAGACCUCGACUUGCCGCAUUAAGGAAACUUUAUCACCCAAAAACGAAGGAGCGCUUGGAUGACGCGUUAGUCCUUCGUUUUCCACACCCGCAUAGUUUUACGGGUGAAGACAUUGUGGAGCUGCAUACCCAUGGAAGUGUUGCAGUGAUUUCUGGUGUCCUGGAAGCACUUAGCCAUGUGCCACAUUGCCGUGCUGCCGAAGCUGGAGAAUUUACUGAGCGAGCGUUUAACAACAACAAGCUCGAUUUAGUGCAAGUGGAGGGUCUGGCCGAUCUGCUAAAUGCUGAGACAGAAGCUCAGCGCGGUCAGGCACUCCAACAACUUUCGGGAGAAAUUGGAGAAAUAUAUGAAGGAUGGCGUGAAAGUCUCGUGAAAUCUCUCGCCUACACGGAAGCCUUAAUUGAUUUUGGAGAUGACGAAGACGAUGUCACAGAUGCUGCUUACGAAGCCGCGGUGGAUCGAGUUCGUAUGCUAGCUGAUUCCAUCCGCAAGCACUUGGCAGACAACAGACGUGGAGAAAUUCUGCGAAGUGGUGUCCAAGUGGCUAUCGUUGGACCACCUAAUUCAGGAAAGAGCAGUCUACUGAAUAUUCUUGCACGACGGCCUGCCGCAAUUGUAUCAUCGAUUGCCGGAACAACACGAGAUGUUGUGCAGGUGCCACUCAACAUUGCUGGAUUCCCCGUCAUUGUUAGCGAUACAGCUGGAAUUCGUGAAACUGAAGAUAUCAUCGAAAAGGAGGGUGUUUCACGAGCCCAGGAAUGUGCCAGUGACGCAGACAUCUGCGUGGUCAUGAUUGAUAUACAGAAUGCCGGACAACUUUUUAAUGAUAAAUACAAGACUUAUCUGCAAGACGGUGCAAUUGUUGUGCUUAACAAAAGCGAUCAGGUGGAUGAGAAUCAGAUUGCAAGCGUGCUUGAAAGUUUUGACUCAGGGCAACGCGACCAAUUGCUCGUAAUUUCCUGUACAGAGGGGAACAAUAUUGGGACUUUCGUUGAUAGACUUGCAUCGACAGUUCAAGAUAAAUUAAAGGUAUCUGCAGGAGGUCGGACAAAUAGCGCGUUAAUCACACGAGAGCGCCACCGACAAAAUCUCACGGAGUGUCUCUCAUCUUUGGAUCAAUUUUUGAGUAACUUUCAUCACAGUGAAAUUGCAGCAGAAAAUUUACGUCAAGCUGUCAUAGCGAUUGGCCGUAUCCUCGGGCGGAUCGACGUUGAAGAAGUUUUGGAUGCUCUUUUUGCCGACUUUUGCAUUGGCAAAUAG